AUGGCUUUGCUUCAUCCCUUCACCAGCUGCCUCCUCCUCCUCCUCUUACUUGCUGUGCCUCUUUUCUGGGCUGCAAACCAGUCCCUGCUGCACCCUGGCUCCCUGCCCGCUGUCCCUCCACUGCCCCUCCUGCAGGCCCUGCAAGUGCGGGCACCAGGCGGCCAGGACUGGCAAGCAGGGCCAGCGACCCGCCACGGCCACAGCCUGGGCACCAACACCGUGCGCCUGGUCCGGGCAAGUUCCCACGGGGGUCAGCCCUGGGCAGGCCGCUGGUACGUGCAGCCCCUCACCUACCGCCUGCAGGGCCAGCCUGAGGCUGAGCACCUCCUCCGAGCCACCGUGGUCUACCUGCCCAGCCCACUGCUGGCCCACAGCCGCCUCCUCUGCGCCCUGGAGCUGGCAGCCACCAGCGAGGCGCCUGGGACACUGCUCAGCCCUGCUGUCCGCCCCCGCCAUGGCUGGGCCGAAGUGGACAUCACCUCAUACCUGGUGCCGGGGAACAGCGGCACUGCGAGUCUGGCGCUGCGGCAUGUCUGUGUGCGUGCUGGCAGGGCAGAGCGCCAUGAUGCACCGGUGACCCCCAGCCACCCCUUCCUCCUCCUCUACCUUAAUGACACCAGGGCUGGGCUGGCACCUCCGUCGGCAGAGCCCCGCCGGCACCGGCGUGACACAGGGACACUGGCCCUUGACCUGCCUGGAUACCUGCGGGAGCAGGGAGGGGAGAAGAGCGAAUGCUCCCUGCACCCCUUCACUGUCAGCUUUGCCCAGCUGGGCUGGGACCACUGGAUCAUCGCUCCCCACCGCUACAACCCACGCUACUGCAAGGGUGCCUGUCCCCGCCUGCUCCGCUACGACUACCACGCACCCAACCACGCGGUGGUGCAGGGCUUCGUCCAUCACCUCGUGGAUGCCAACGUGCCCCGGCCCUCCUGUGUCCCCUACCGCUACAGCCCCAUCAGCGUCCUCAUGAUUGAGCGUGACGGCAGCAUCCUCUACAAGGAGUACGAGAACAUGAUUGCAGAGUCCUGCACCUGCCGGUAA